UGGGGGUAUAAAACGGCUCCACAGCGGGAAGCCGGCAGUUGGAGUUCAUCUGGCGAGCGAGUCCUAUGUGGUGAUAAGUUCACUGGUAGCAACGAACUUUUCUACGGGCUUUUAGGAGACUGCAAGAGACUACUACUAGGCUCUUUGUGACUUAAUUAGUUAAUAGCUUAUCUUGUGGAAAUUGUACAUGCUCUGAGCCAGGCCACCGGCACGUGCCCCAGUGAAGGGCCUGCCCUUGACCAACUCUGCGUCAUUCAUGGACGCUGCGUAGGCCUUCAGCAGCUGCUUAUGCCGACGACUGACCGCCAACUCGCAGCCUACCGUAUUACAAAAGUUGAUCAAUCAAUCCUCAACACAAUUGUCAAACGACACAUGGUUGUACAAUCAGUGCAUUCUGAGAAAAGCAUGCAACAGCUCACGGUCCUUCUGUACGUCCUGGGAGCAGUGACUGCAGCCAGCGCGGACAGAAGGCCUUUCCUCCCAGGCCACGCCCACUUCCCCUCCGAACUCGUCUCGUGCGCUCGCGACGUCGCUGAUCGCUUCUUCCCGGGAAUUAAUUUUGUACUCAUCAGCACCAAUGAGACCAGAGCGAACUGGAGCGCGGCGAGCGGCCAGCUUGAAGCGCGGGACGCCCUGGGCGCCGCGGCGCGGCUGCUGAGCGAAGGGUCCAAGAUGGCGCCCGCGGGGCCCAAGAUGGCGGCCGCGCCCGUCCGACUGCUGGGCCCCGGCCGCGGCGCGAGGUUCCACUACGCGACGCAGCGCGCUCGCGCCAUCUUCCUGCCCUUCCCGGACGCCGCCGCCUCCGACGACGAGAUCGUGAUAGACCGAAAAGUAGAAGUCGCGUUCGCUUCUAUAAGCCAGAACUACUUCGACUUUGAUUACUUGGAUCCUUCGGACCCAUUUAUUCCAAACAACUUUCUCUGGCUCCUGCGAUCAUGCUUCUGUCUUACAGUUCACAAGUUACAACUUCUUAAACACAUAAAAGUUAUUACUGCUACAAUUUCCUUCAUAACAUGCAGACAUUUGCAUAAACCCACAUUCCAUGAAAAAGUUUUCAAAAAUAUAUAA